AUGAAGAAAAGAAAACAAUACUCCUUUUUUACAAAUAUCAUACGGGCGGAUAAAAUAAAGGGGAAGAGACGAGAGCAGCACAAAAACCGUCGUCCCGUCCGCUGCAACGACUAUGACGCAAAGGACAUCGUCAUUUUGGAGGGACUUGAAGCAGUGAGGAAGAGACCUGGUAUGUACAUCGGAAACACGGACGUGAAAGGGCUACACCAAAUAUUGUUCGAAAUUAUUGACAACUCGGUAGACGAAUAUAACAACUUCGAGUGCAAUGAAAUUAAAAUUGUUAUUCACGAUGAUGAAAGUGUUACGAUAGAAGAUAAUGGAAGGGGAAUACCUUGUGACAUUCAUGAGAAGACAAACAAGUCUGCUCUAGAAACCGUUCUGACUGUUUUGCAUUCCGGGGCGAAGUUUGUCGAUGACGAAGCUACUGCGGAGUUGGCGGGAAGAACCUCCGUGGGAGGCCUGAGCGCUGAAGUCGGGGAAGACGAACGGGGCGCAAAGGGGGAGCAGAAGGGAGAUCUGAAGAGCAAGCUAAAGAUGGUGGAAAAGUUGGACGAAAAAAAUUCCCCAAAAAAAAACACAAAGGAAGCAUCCCAAAAAAGUGCAUCCCAAAUGUACAGAUUCUCGUCCGGCCUCCACGGAGUCGGUCUGUCCGUUGCCAACGCCCUGAGCAGCUUCAUGAAAGUAAAGGUUUUUAGAAGGGGCAAAAUUCACAGCAUCGAAUUGGAAAAGGGAAAAGUAGUAACCCCGCUAAGUGUUCGGGACUGCCCAGUUAGCAAGAGAGGAACACAAAUACAUUACAAGCCGGACCACAACAUAUUUAAGAACAGCAUCAGGCAUAAUGCAGAGCUGAUAAAAAAUAGGAUCCACCAACUGGCCUAUCUGAACGACAGGCUGAGUUUCUACUUUUACGAUGAAAGGGCGGCUAAGAAAGCUGCGGCGUCAGUUCAUUUGCCCAAGAGGAGUGAAGCGGAUGCGGUGGACGCUGCGGAAGAAAGAAAGACCGAUGCUGUGGAUACCGCGGCGGAGCACAACAACCUGGAUUUCUACCCCUACGAAGUGAUAAAGCACGAGGGAGGGCUAAACGAGUACAUGGAAAGCUUAACGAAAAAUAAAGUAAGUCUGUUCAAAGACAGUAAUAAAGUUAUUAGCAUCUCUUGUCACCAGAAAAAUGUUCAUAUCGAUUUAAGAAUGAAAUGGACGCAAGGUCAGUACCAUGAGCACAUCAUCAGCUUUGUGAACAAUGUAAAUACGACGGAUGGAGGGACCCACGUAGAUGCGAUGAAGUAUGCCAUCAGCAGGUGUGUAAAUUAUAAUAUAAAAAAAAAUGAGGCAACAAAAAAUUUUGUUAACAUACCAGGAGAGUACAUAAGGGAAGGAAUGCCAGCCAUUUUGUCGAUCAAAAUGAAUAACCCAGAAUUUGAGGGGCAGACAAAAACUAAACUCGGUUCCCAUUUUUUAAAACCCAUUUUGGAAAGUGCCAUUUUUGAGAAAUUGUCUGAAAUUUUCGAUUUCGAACCGAAUUUGCUCAACACAAUUUAUUUGAAGGCAUUACAGGCUAAGGCAAGUAAAUUAGUCGACUGCAUAAGUGACGACAUAAAUCGUAAUGAAAUUUUCAUCGUCGAGGGAGACAGUGCUGCAGGAAGUGCUAAACAAGCCAGAAAUAGAGAAAUACAGGCAAUUCUCCCCCUUAAGGGAAAAAUACUUAACGUAGAAAAAAUUAAAAAUAAUAAAAGGAUAUUUGAAAACUCAGAAUUGAAAUCACUAAUAACGGCCAUCGGGUUGAGUGUCAGUUGUGACAAUAGUAAAAUGGCCAAGGGGAAAAAUAUGCUCAAUAAUAAAAAAAAAGAUCUCAAAAAAAAAUAUGAUUUAAAAAGUUGCAAGAAAGAAAAUGUACAAGUUAACAACGCAAUGGUGAAUAAAAAGAAAAAUCCGCUUUUUGAUACCCCCCUAAGGUAUGGAAAAAUUAUCAUCAUGACGGACGCCGACGUCGAUGGAGAGCACAUACGAAUACUGCUCCUCACCUUUCUGUACAGAUUUCAAAAAGAUAUUAUACAAAAUGGAAAUGUCUAUGUUGCCUGCCCACCCUUGUACAAAGUUACGUACAACCGAUUUUUUGACAGCACUAUAAAGAAAAUAGUAAUGAAACAGUUCAACGUGAGUACGAAGAAUUCUAAGACCCUCAUACAUACCUACUCAGAUGACGAGUUAAAUGUCCUGCUGGGACUGUUGGACAAGGAUAGGUCUUCUCACGCUGAACACAGGAGCGUCGAAUUGGGGAAGGGGGGAGGGCCUGCCCGUGGGGGGAACAUCCCAAGUGACGACCGUCGUAGCGGUUUGGCCAAUUUGGCCAAUUUGAACUUUGGGUACAACAGCGCCGACGAGGUGAAGCAAAAGGGAGGUCUCAACACGGACGAUACGGACGACACGAACGGCACGAAUGCCGAUCACACUGCGCACACUGCGAACACCGCGAUUGGCAGUUCCCACCUCAGCGGUAACGCAUUUUUUACCUUCUCCAAACGGUACGAAAUACAACGGUUUAAGGGGCUCGGGGAGAUGAUGGCCGACCAACUGUGGAGCACCACCAUGGAUCCGAACGUGCGCAAGCUGAUCAGAGUGACUGUCAACGACGCCAUGCGGGCCAACAACUUGAUCUUCUCCCUCAUGGGGGGGGACUCCAAGUUGCGCAAAACCUUCAUUCUGGAGAAUUCGCCCGCGCCGGGGUGA